AUGGGGACCAUUAGAACUGGGUGCAAAGCUCAACUUAUGAUUUGCAUGGUGGAUGGUAGAUCAUAUACAGUAAAGAGAUUCGUUAAUGGCCACAAUCAUAAGUUUGUAUGUCCACACGAUAUUCAUAUGCUGCCAGCGUACAGACAAUUGUCAGAUGUCCAGGAGGAGAUGAUAUGGGAACUAGGCACUCUAAACCUUGGCCCUGUCAAAGCUUUUCAUAUGUUAUUGAGGAAAUGUUACGGUGGUUUCGAGAAUGUUGGCGCCACGGUCGAUGAUUGUAAAAACUUUAGGACUCGAAUUAACAGCUAUAUAGGAGAAUAUGACGCUGACAUGGUGAUCAAUAGGUUGACCGACAAAAAACAGUUUUUAGUUGAUUUUUCGUUUGAAUAUUCUGUGGAUGAGGACAAACGGUUAACUGGUUUGUUCUGGGCCGAUGGGUUAUGCAAGCGUAACUUUAUGGAGUUCGGGGAUGUGAUAUCGUUCGAUGCAACUUUCAAGACAAACAAGUACAAGAUGGUGUUUGUUCCGUUCACUGGGAUUGACAACCACUGUCGAAAUGUAACCCUUGGAGCUAGGUUGUUGGCAUCAGAGAGCAUUGACUCUUAUAAAUGGCUUCUCAAUUCAUUCGUAAAGUCAUUUGGACGGCAACCAAAGGUUGUAGUGACGGACCAAGACCCUGCGAUGAAACAUGCUAUUGAGGAGGUUUUUACUACCAGUAGACACAAAUUGUGCAUGCUGCACAUAAUGAAAAAAGUGGCAAAUAAGCUUAAAAGGAGGAUGUGCGAUAUUGUAUGGACUGAUUCCAUUGAGCCUGGAGAAUUUGAGAGACAGUGGAAGUUACUGAUGAUUGAGUAUGGUCUCACACAAAAUAAAUGGAUUGAUGAUAUGUUUGCGAUGAGAUACAUGUGGAUUCCCGGCUUUUUACCGGUGGCAAAUUCACAACUCACUCUUGUAGAGUUUAUGAGUCAUUUUGACGGUGCAAUGGAUAUCCAAAGGUUCAAUCACAGAAAGAAUGAUCAUAUUUCAAGAUAUACUGAGCCUGAUGAAUGGAGAAAAACUACUUUGGGAAAAGACGCUGCUAAGAUAUACACCAGGUCUAUAUUCUUUGAUCAGCAAACAGAGAUAUAUGGAACUAUUACCGAAUGUCUGCCGAUGGACACCAAAAUUAUAACAACCCUCCUAAAUAAUUUUUGA